UUCGGGAUUGGCACACUGACAGCCGUGAGGUGUAGGAGUGUUUUUUUUUCGGCAGUAGGAGUUGGGGCUUGGUUUCCUACACACUGUUCUAAGGAGCCCAGGGUCCCGCACGCCUUGCUUUGCUUCUGAAGUGAUGCUGGCUUGCAAACUACCUGUUUUGCCAUCUGUUUUACUCCCAGCUUUGGUGCUUGUCUACUUUUUGGAAGACUCAAUCUGUUUAUCAAGCAGGCUGACCCUUCUCUGUGGCUUUACUGACGCGGGGUAGCAAAAACAAGUUGCAGCCUUCCAUACCGUUUGGGAUGUGUAAUUGAGCAUGCUGCUUCAACACAAACGAUGAACCUUAAGGCCUUUUCAGACACAGAGCACUCAGCCCAACUGCUGCAGUAGAGAGAGAUCCGUGCCACCAUGGCUAGAAGAGGGAUUUAACUCUUGCAAAAAGAAGUGAGUGUUAGCCCAGGAAGUGUCAGUUGUCCUGCAUCGGGUCCUCCCAGGUAACUACAAAUAGGCAUUGCCAAUGGAUGAACUGGUGCACGACUUGGCCUCAGCUUUAGAGCAGACUUCAGAGCAAAACAAACUGGAUGAGCUAUGGGAAGAGAUGGCCCUGAGCCCACGGCAGCAGCGACGUCAGCUUCGCAAGAGACGGGGUCGUAAACGACGCUCAGACUUCACACAUCAGGCAGAACAUGCCUGCUGCUACAGCGAGGCCUCAGAGUCGAGCUUGGACGAAGCUGUCAAGGAUUGCCGUGAAGUGCUGACAGCUAAUUUCAGUGACUCUGAUGACAUGGCAGUCGUCAAACGACAUCCAGCUCUUAGUGCCACCCUGAGGAGCAAACAACACUUGUGGCAUGAGUCAGACUCCUUUACAGAGAAUGCACCCUGUCGACCUCUCAGGCGCCGACGGAAAGUCAAACGUGUGACAUCGGAGGUGGCUGCCAGUCUCCAGCAAAAGCUCAGGGUGUCAGAGUGGAACUAUGAGAGGGGCUGCAGGUUCAAGUCAGCCAAGAAACAGCGUCUUUCGCGCUGGAAAGAGAAUGCCCCUUGGACAUCAUCCAGUCAUGGCCUUUGUGAAUCAGGAGAGAACAGGCCCUUCCUCAGCAACGGGGGAAGGAAGGAGCGGAUGGAGUGUGAAGCUGAUGAUCAGAAGCAGGGCUCAGAUGAAAACAUGUCGGAAUGUGAAACCAGCAGUGUUUGCAGCAGCAGUGAUACUGGCCUGUUCACCAAUGAUGAAGGCCGCCAAGGAGAUGAUGAGCAAAGUGAUUGGUUUUAUGAAGGAGAGUGUGUUCCAGGAUUCACUGUCCCCAACCUCCUUGCCAAGUGGGGAGCUGAUCACCGAUCUGAAGUGGAGAGGAUUGACUCAGGCCUGGACAAACUCUCUGUUUCCACCUUCCUUUUGCCCUCACGGCCAGCUCAGAGAGGAUUUCAUGCUCGCCUGAAUCGCCUUCCCGGAGCUGCUGCUCGUUGUCUCCGUAAAGGUCGGAGGAGGCUGGUUAGCAAGGAGACCUCCAUGAGCACUCUGGGCACCGAGAGGCUGGGUCAUAUUGUUAAUGAUCCGCGCCAGAAAGAAAAGAGCACAAUGCUGGCUUCUGAUUUCCCACACACUGUUGCCUAUGCACUUGAGUUCAAUCCAUUAUCUCCUCUGUACUCUCUGGAUGUGCUUGCUGAUGCUUCCCACCGAAGAUGCUCGCCAGCACACUGCACUGCCAGGCAAGCAAAUGUCCACCUGGGACUGCCAUGUUCAAGGGACAUCAAGAGGAAACGAAAGCCAGCUGCAGCCUCCAUGUCUAGCCCAACAUCAGCAACUUUAUCUGUCCACAUGGAUGCAGCAGAAUCAGAGCUACCAGCAACACCAUCCUUGAGAUCCCAGAACUCUGAAUGGACUGGGAAAACACCAGCAGCUGAGAAAUCUACUAUUGCUGCCUCCAGUAACUUUUUUAAAAUGCCACCAGAGAAGAGCCCUGGAUACAGCUAAAAGGAAGCAUUGCAACUCUAAAAGCUUGCUCGAUUUUGGAAGUGUUUGAUUCUGGUGUUUGCACCAAACAUCUUGUUUGGCAGUAGUGGUAUCUUCAGUAUUGGUGUGUGAUGCUUGCCAUCAUCCAGGCUGGUCUCUGUGCCUCACACACCUGAGUCAUGUUUGUUAAUCUAUGCUUAAGAAAAGGUAAUCAAUGUUGGGACUGCAGUGGCUUUUAGAAGUUUUACUGCUAUCACUGUAUUUAUUAUGAAUUCAUCUCUUUCCCUAAUUACAGCUCAUAUGUAAUGGGUCAUGUACAGGUUCUUUUGGGUUUUCAGAUCUUUAUUCACCCCCUGGACAUGUUGCUUGUUUGUGUAUUUGGCAUUUUCAGGGUGAAAGUCCCACUGCCAUUCAGGGAGGCAGGCGUCUCCCUCUGCUUGCUUCCAGGCCAGAAGGAUUCCUUGGGUGAGGAAUGAGGAGGGAAUACUAACACAUUGAAACAUGGAACCUGAAUCCUAUAUUAGCAGAAUGUUUUCUGGCCAUGUGCUAAUGGACUCAAAUCAUGUUGCUUCUGGCAAAGCAAAUAUGGUGCUUGUCUACACAGAAAUUGCCAUUAGCUCACUGGCAGCAUUGUCCAUUAGACCUUUUCCUUCUCCCUUGUUCUGAAUGUCUUUGGUCUUUAUUGUGUAUUGCAUGUUCAUUCCUAAACCUCCUACUGGAUAAGGAUUUGGGAGAACUGCUUGGACAUAAAUUUGCAAACUGGUGUCCUGGGUAGAAACCCGGACUCUUGAAUGUUGUUACAGUAUGGUAGAAGAUUAUACAAAACAUCCAUAUCUCAGUGUAUAAAUUAAAAAAUAUCUGUUAGUGUUUUUAAAGGAUGCUUGUUGAAGUUAACAUGCCAUUGAACAAAAAAGCCAUUUAAAAUGUCACCUGAGUUCAGGGCAUUAUGGGUAUAGAUCAGACUCCUAUAUCAUGCUUUCUCUCCCUUCAAAAGUAUUGUCUGCUAUACCUGCUGGAGGUGUCUCCAUUUUCUGAUGAUUGCACAUUACACUGCAGUGUACACUAAAGAGGUUAUCUUCAUACAACUUCCACUUGGUCUGCUGUUACCUUCUGUGUUGCAGAAUAUAUGGACAGAGAUUUCUUCCCUCUCUUUAAUAACUGGAGCUUAUCUUGGUCUGUGUUUUCAGAAUAUGUACCUGUAUAGCAUGUGCCAAGGAACAGGUGGCCUCACAGCUUCUUAAAUCCUUUAAAAAUAGGAUCUAUUUGUAUGAAUAGAACUUCAUGCUUUCUUCGUGUGGAGCUUUCAGACAGGAGCAUUUAAACUUGUAAAAUCUAUUUUGAUUGUGGUGGUGCAUCUAGCACUCUUAAACAGAUAGCAAAAUUUGUGUGAUUUUAGUGAUUUUGCAGUGUUCUUCUCUCUUAUGAAUCCAAUAACUGAGGGACAGAUUUAAGUGGGGGAAUAUGAAGCAGUGAUUUAUGUUAACUGUGUAUUAAAAUGGGAAAUGGUCAUAAUAUACAUGAAACAGAAACUGAAUAACUUGCUAAAUCAUGAUUGACAAAUAUAGUUAUACUACAUGCACACUGUGUCUGAUCCCCUAAUACCUACUUAUUCUUGGGGAGACAUCCAAAUUGGAUUUAUAUUUCGCAGCACAAGCAAACUGUCGGAUCUGUACCUAUAAAUCCUUCUCAAAACUAUUUCUUUCUUUUUUAUUUUUUCAUUUGGGUGGUAUAUUUUAGAACUAAUAAGAACACGAAAUUCCUUUUUACCUUAAUGAAGGAAUACAAAAGUCCAUUUGGAUGACAGGACAAGCUGUAAGAGUUUGUGAAGGAAGAAGUAAUCCUGUUUUGAAGUUGUCAUGGCUUUGUCUUAUUUGUAGCAAUUUUUAACAAUGGUGCUUAAGGGGUAAUGCAGGAAGUUUCAGCACUGGAGGGUCUGUAAUCUAAAACAUCUGAAGAGAAGGUAGACCUGAAGAGUAGUAGCUUGACUCUCUAGUACUCAGGAAUACAAUGAAUGGGAAAGGUGGUCAUGUUCUCUUGACAACUUGCAGAUAAAAUUUAGGAUUUGAAUCCUUGUAAUCUAAACCACGUGCUGCUCCAAUGAUAGGGAGUAGUUCCCUAAAAGAGCAUUUGUGAAAUUGAGUGGUUUUGAUAUCAUGGAGUAUCCUCCACAACCUCUCUUAGUUUGAGUCUGUUCAACAGACUUACUCAGAUUACUGAUCCUUCAGCUAAAAUUUUAUAUUUUAGUCAUUAUAUUCUCUUUUUAAAAUCAAUUGUGAUAUGUCUUGCUACACUCUGAGUAUUGUCCACAGUAGUUUUUUCCUCUUCUGUGAAGCCAGGAUGCUUUAAAAACUUUUUCAAGAAAGGUGUUAGGGAAUCAAGAGCCUCCAUCUCAUUGUGGUGGUGGAGGGGUGGGUUUCAGUGCUUCAUGUGAUUUUUCUCUGGGGGCAGAGAAAGAGAAUUGAUCAGAUUAUCCUAUUGAGGUCAGUAGCAGUGUUAUCUGGUUAAGCCCUUACUUAGGUUGUAAGCUCCUAGGAGGUAUUUCUUACCUUUAAAGGCUGAUUUUACCUGUGGCACUACUGAAGAACAACUGUGGCAGGUCUUGUCUUGACAAACCAUACUUCCUGCCAUAGCAACUUUCUGAAAGUUCCAGGAGACUCCACUUUAUUGCAGCUGCCCUGUUUUUCCUGUUUCUAGGUUAGAAUCUAUUUACAAGUCAGUCAGUUUCUCAACCAAAUUUGAUUCUCCUGAGUGGUAGGCAAGCUAAAUGGAUCGUGUAUCUUGUUACUCCAGGGUAUUUAUCAAAAUAUAUCUUCAGACUUCAGUAACUUGAUACUUAAUAUCUGCACCAUUUUUGAUGAAUAAAAUAAGUCCAUUUUUUGCCUCCUUUUUUCAGAUUUCUUAGAAUUCACUCUGCUCACACAGUACUCAGUGUGAAGGAUACUGCUUCCCAUGUGGAUUACUUGAGUAGAAAGGAGUAAUAACAUGGUUUGAUUUGGUAGCUGUGCUUCUGCAAAGGUAUCCAUCCAGUAUGUGAUUAUUGCUUCAAAGAUACACUGUUCCCUCAUUUUUCACUUUUUGUCCACCAGGACUCCGCAGUCUUUUUUUCAGUUUUGUCUUCUCUCCAACUGUGUUUCUCCUUGUCCUUUUGGGAGACUUCAACUUCACAGACAGGGCCUGGGAAUACCAUACUGCUGUGACAAGCAAGUCUGGGAAAUUCCUGAAGUAUGCUGAAGAUAACUUGUAGUCACAAGUACUCAGUGAGACAACUAGGAAAGAUCCCCUCCUAAACCUGUUAUUUAUUAAUAAAGAAGGACUUCUGAGAGAUAUGAUGGUAAGUGGCUGCCUUUGCCACAAAGCCAUGAAAUGGGUAAUUUAAAAAUUUUUGAUGUAAUGAGGAAAAUGGUCAGCAAAGUUGCUACCCUGAAUUUCAAUACAGCUAAUUUUAGGUGACUCAGUGAGCCUAGUUACUAGCAUGUUCUUCCUUGAAUGCUGGUCAGUUUUUUAGGAAGCACCUUUAAAAGCACAAGAGCAAGUGAUCUCUCUGUGUUGAAAGUCAAACAAGCCAUGCAGAAGACCAGCUUAAGUGAACAAGGAACUCCUCUUGAAUCUCAGGAAGAGAAAUAGAUUGUGUGAUCUCUGGAAACAAAGUCAUGCUUCGCAGAAAAAUUACAGAGCUGUAGUUCACAUAUGCAGGGAGAAGAUAUGAAAGACUAAAACUUAGAGUUGAAACUGGCCAGUGUUGUGUCCAUACAAGUAAAGCUUUUUGAAGUACAUAUAUAGCAAGAGGAGGUCUAAGGGAAACAUUGGACUGAUAUUUGUUGUAGAUAAUCACCUGACAAAUUGGUGUGAAGAGAAAGUGGGGGCAUUCAGCACUUUUUUUUGCCU